CAGCGAAAUAGAAUAUAAACUGGUUCUUACACCUCACUUUCCCUUUUUCAACGACCUUUGACAUACAGCCAUUGCGACAUUGCCAAAAUGGACUUCGACGAUCCCAAAAACACAAAGUCUUACUCUGACGCGCUGAAGGUCGAUCCUAAUUCAAUUAUUACAACUUCAAUUGAUGUAGUUCCCGUGACUGUUGAGCGAAAACCAUAUCAACCGGGCGUUGACAAGCCUCGACUCGCUCAUGCAGGAGUUGCGAGAGCCAAUCUUGCCGCUACCCACGAGCGUCCCGAGGGAACGACAGAGAAUGAUUGGGCUCAGCGACACCAGGAUCAAACGGUUCUGCAGCAGCAUUGCGAUUUUUUUGACAAGGACCAUGAUGGUGUGAUCUGGCCACUUGACACCUUUAGAGGCUUCUACCAGCUAGGCUAUGGAAUCAUCCUGUCUCUCAUCUCGGUGCUCAUUAUCCACGGCAACUUCUCAUACACAACGCAGUCCUCGCUCCUCCCUGACCCGUUCUUCCGAAUUCAUAUCGACAACAUUCACAAGGAUAAGCAUGGUAGCGACACUGGGACUUAUGACACUGAAGGGCGAUUUAUACCUCAGAAGUUCGAGGACAUAUUCUCCAAGUAUGCGGAAGGUCGUGAUCACUUGACGAUAUGGGACGUCAUUAAUUUAAUAAAGGGUCAACGACUGAUCGCUGACCCUAUCGGAUGGGGCGGUGCCUUCUUCGAAUGGUUGGCGACUUACAUAUUGCUUUGGCCGGAUGACGGGCGCAUGAUGAAGGAGGAUAUCAGAGGGAUCUACGAUGGGAGUCUCUUUUAUAAGGUCGCUUCUCGACGAGCAUCGAAGUAAUGGCUUCCGCGGCUAUACCAGUGCUUAGCAGGUCCACGAAUAUGUAUCUACAUCGGAACCAUCAUUGCGGGGUGCUGCCAUAUCCUAGAUCGAACAGCCAAGAGGCUUGAGGUUGACAUCAGUUUAAAGUUUUAUGCAAUAAUCAAUUACGAUCUUCCUUUUUACAUUUCCAAAC